AUGGCUGGAAGAAAGGUUUACUGCGGCAUGUUCGUCAUUAUUUUGAUAAUAACUGCUACAAUCAUAGGUGUCUUUACUGGGAGAAAACAGAGGAUGGAGUCGUGUCCUGCUGAAAGUUUCAGGAAAGCUGCGGUCGCUGCUGACUCUGCAGUGUGCUCGGACGUUGGACGAGACAUCCUAUUGUCUGGUGGUUCGGCAGCAGAUGCUGCGGUAGCUGCUCUGCUGUGCACGUCAGUGGUAAACCCUCAGAGCAUGGGCAUUGGCGGAGGAGGCAUAUUCACCAUAAUGGACAAAAAUGGGACAGUGAAAGUAAUCAACACCAGAGAAACUGUUCCAAAAGACUUCAGAGGAAAUCUCGCAGCCUGCUCAUACGACAGCACAGGUAGGCCACAGGCACAACAGCAGUGGAUUGGUGUGCCUGGUCAGAUCCGUGGUUAUGAGCGUGUUCACAGACUGUACGGUCGUCUGCCCUGGUCAAGUCUGUUCCAGCCCACCAUCCGCAUGGCCAGAGAGGGGAUCAAAAUCUCCAAAAUACUGGCGCGUUACCUCCCCAUCGCCGAAAACCACAGGACACGGCAGCUGUUCGUGGAUGCAGAGGGGAACAUGCUAAAGGAAGGAGACACAGUGAAGUAUGAGAAACUUGCAGACACCCUGGAGAAGAUUGCAGAUCAUGGAGCAGAGGAGUUCUACACAGGAGAAACAGCCAGAGACCUGAUCAGUGACAUACAGGAAGCAGGUGGUAGUAUCACUCUGGAGGAUUUGCGCUCGGUCGAGGUGACGGAGGUGGAGCCCUGGAACGUGUCUGUGGGCGAGUACACCAUGUACUUCCCCCCUCCGCCUUCAGGGGGAGCAUUGGUCAGCUUCAUCCUCAAUGUUAUGGAAGGAAAAGAAGGAAAAGAGCGUGUGCCGACCUACCAUCGCUACAUAGAGGCCUGCAAGUUUGCUGGAGGACUGAGGAAGUUCAUGAGAGAUCCCAGAUUCAAUGACAUAACGAACGCCUCCAAAAUCAUUCAGAAGGAGUUUGCCAGCUACAUUAGAAAGAAGAUCACAGAUAACCGCACCCACGAUCCUGAGUACUACAGUGUCACCUCAGACGUGGACACACUGGGCACAACCCAUAUAUCCGUUCUUGAUGAGGACGGAAUGGCUGUGUCCGUCACCAGCUCCAUCAACUUUAUAUUCGGGUCUGGAGAAUAUUCACCCAAAACAGGCAUCAUCCUCAACAACAUCCUGACAGACUUCUGCAAGGAAACAAACCAGGUUCAAGCUGGUGAACGUCCUCCCUCGUCCACAGCUACGAUGAUCCUUCACUCCAAAGUUACCAACCACACUGUGGUCAUUGGAGGCUCAGGGGGCACGAUGAUCACCACCGGGAUGACUAUGGCACUAAUGAACUUCCUGUGGUUCGGGAAGAGUCUGAAGGAUUCCAUCAAAACGCCCGUCGUGACUCUGUUCAACAAAAAGCUCAAUUUUGAGUGCAACUUCGACAAGGAGGUCAUCGUGGCUCUAAGAGCACUCGGGCACAAAGUCCCGAUCUUCCAAAAUGCAGUCAAUGCACUAUCGAAGAAAAACGGAGAGUGCAUCCAGGCUGUUUCAGACGAGCGGAAGAUGGCCAAAGCUGCAGGAUACUGACCUCUUCUUAAUGGGCCCAUAUGUGAAAUUCUUUUUUUAUCUGAGGUUCAAUUCAAAGUCCAAUGUCAGAUUCAGAAGCUUUUUGGAAGAAUUCCAUGAAAGAAGAAGCCACAAAAUGCAACGCCUGACCUGGAACUCCAAAUGGAAUCGUGUGAAGUGGUCAGAUUAGACGAAAAUGUAACUUCUUGG